AUGGUGGAGUUCUACGCGCCGUGGUGCGGCCACUGCCGGGCCCUCGCGCCCGAGUAUCGCGAAGCAGCGGCGACGCUCAAGGAGCUCGGCGUGCUCUUCGCAAAGGUGGACGCGACGAAAGAAACGGAGCUCGCCGACAAAUACAACGUGGAUGGUUACCCGACCAUCCUUUUCGCCACGGAUGGCGAAUUCCAGCCGUUCGGCGCGGGGCGAACCAGCCUCAAUCUCUCACAGGCGCCUCAUUCGCAAACCCCCUCGCACAAUCAGUUCCAUCUGUGCUCUUUGCUCAAAUCUGACCUUUCAACUCACACUCUUCCUGCAAAAACCUCACCUUCCCACUCCCCUCGUUCUCGCGUGCCCCGCUCUACCCGCUCCUGCUGCUGCUGCUUUCCCCUCGCUCCCCUCGUUGCUGCCCGCUGCUUUCCCCUCGCUCCCCUCGUUGCUGCCCGCUGCUUUCCCCUCGCUCCCCUCGUUGCUGCCCGCUGCUUUCCCCUCGCUCCCCUCGUUGCUGCCCGCUGCUGCAGCGCGGAGAUGGUGCGGUGGGUGAAGCGCAAGCUGGGUAUGGGUGUGACGGCGCUGGCGCCAGCCGACAUUCCCAAGGUGCCCACACUGCUCGAGAGCGCUGCUGCCGCUGCCAUCGCCCUGGUGCCCUCCCUUGAUGGCGGGGAGGCAGCAGCGUUCGGCGAGGCAGCGAGGGACACGGAAGGGGUGGACUUUUUCGUCACCACGCACGCUGACGUGGCAGCCGCCUUCGGCCUGCCAGCUGGCGAGCCGCCCGCCCUGGCUGUGGUGAAGAAGGAAGUGGAGCGGCUGGUGGUGUUCGGUGAGUGCACAAUGCGCCUUGCUGCAUGCGGGUGCUUUGCACACAGCAGGGUCCACAGCCGUGCCUCGCUCCUUACUCCACACACAGGAGAGGCUGGUGGUGUUUGCUCUCCCCACCUCUCCCACCUCUUCCCACCUUCCCCCCCCCUCUCCCCACCCCUCCCCCAUCUCUCCCCCUCUUCCCUCCUCUACCUACCCCUCCCCCUCAAGAUGGUGAGGAAAACAAGCAAGGAGGGCAUCAGCGCGUUCCUGGCUUUAAACGGCGAGUACAGCAAGGACGCCAUCAGUGCGUUCCUGGCGGCCAACCGGCUGCCGCUGCUGCUUACGUACACAGAGGAGACCUCCACUGCCAUCUUCUCCUCCCCCAUCGGCAAGCAGGUGCUGCUGUUUGCAUCAGACAGUGCGUUCAAGGAGCUCUCGCCCCCACUUUUUGCAGCAGCCAAGCACUUCAAAGGCCAGGUGCGUGCUGUGCCUCUUUCGUCCAUGCCAGGAGCUCUUGCUUGCAGUCCUCGCACCCUCGUGCCUCCCACCCUCAUGCCACGCAUUUCCUCCACCACAACUGCCAUGCUAUCGCCCAUCAGUCCAUUCCGUCCCACCUUCCCGUCUCGCCGCCUUGCUGUCUUUCCACCCACCCCUUUUUUCCCUGUGCCACAGGCCAUGUUUGUGUUUGUGAACGCCUCUGACCCCGAGUCACAACCCGUGCAAGAGUACUUUGGAGCAGACGCCUCCACCACUGCCUUUAUGGGGUUCACCAUGGGAGGAGGUGAGGACCCGUCAGUGCCAGCAGCAGGGCUCAAAUACCGCAUGACAGACCACCCCACAGCAGAUAACAUCAAGGCCUUCACGCAGAGCUUCAUUGACGGCCGUCUCAAGCCCUUCUUCAAGUCACAGCCCAUCCCGGAGGAGUUUGCGAGGUCUCCAUUCCUGCCCUCUUUCUGGCGGGGGAUGCUGGCGGGGGAUGCUGGCGGGGGGAUGCUGGCGGGGGAUGCUGGCGGGGGAUGCUGGCGGGGGAUGCUGGCGGGGGGAUGCUGGCGGGGGAUGCUGGCGGGGGAUAGGGAUGAGCAAGCGGGGGAUGCUGGCGGGGGGAUGCUGGCGGGGGAUGCUGGCGGGGGAUGCUGGCGGGGGAUGCUGGUGGGGGGAUGCUGGCGGGGGAUGCUGGCGGGGGGAUGCUGGCGGGGGAUGCUGGCGGGGGAUGCUGGCGGGGGAUGCUGGCGGGGGAUGCUGGCGGGGGAUGCUGGCGGGGGAUGCUGGCGGGGGAUGCUGGCGGGGGAUGCUGGCGGGGGAUGCUGGCAGGGGGAUGCUGGCGGGGGGAUGCUGGCAGGGGGAUGCUGGCGGGGGAUGCUGGCAGGGGAUGCUGGCGGGGGAUGCUGGCGGGGGAUGCUGGCGGGGGAUGCUGGCGGGGGAUGCUGGCGGGGGAUGCUGGCGGGGGAUGCUGGCAGGGGGAUGCUGGCGGGGGAUGCUGGCGGGGGAUGCUGGCGGGGGAUGCUGGCGGGGGAUGCUGGCGGGGGAUGCUGGCAGGGGGAUGCUGGCGGGGGAUGCUGGCUACCUCUUCACAAUGAGGGGCCAGUGGCGGUGGUGGUGGGGGACUCGUUUGAGCGCAUUGUGCUGGACGACACGAGAGACGUGCUGCUGGAGGAGGAAGCAGUAAUGGUGGUGGUGGGGGACUCGUUUGAGCGCAUUGUGCUGGACGAUACCAGAGACGUGCUGCUGGAGGUGCAUUUGGGCGGGGCAUGGUGGGUGAGAGGGGCGGUUGGAGAGGAGUGGGUCAUGAGCAUUGAACACUCAUUAUCUGUCUGCAGAUUUCGAGCAACUGUUGCAUGGCUCUGCACGUGUAACUCCACACCCCACACCUUCCUCACCUGUCCCACCGUUUCUGUCUUUCCUGCUGUGCCGCUUCCCACUCUUUUCCCACUCUCUUCGACUCCCCUCGUUAUAUCAUAUUCCGUCUCGUCCCUCCCCCCUCACUCGCCCCUCUCUCCCCACUCGCCCCUCCCCCACACUUGCCCCUCUCCCCGCUCGCCCCUCCCCUCUCACUCGUCCUUCCUGCCUCACUCGCCCCCCCUCCUCACUCGCCCCUCUCCCCCCUCUCCCUCUUCUUCCCCUACUCGUCCCGCUUGUCUUAAUCGCCCAGCUCACCCCACUCACUCCAAUUGCCCCUCUUUCCCCCCACUCACCCCUCUUUCCCCACUCACCCCUCUUUCCCCACUCACCCCUCUCUCCCCACUCACCCCUCUUUCCCCACUCACCCCUCUCUCCCCACUCGCCACUCUUCCCACACUCGCCCCUCUCCCCCCAUCCGUCCCGCUUGUCCCACUCGACCCUCUCUCCAAAUCCGCCAGGCACGCCCUCCCCUCCUCCCUCCCCUCCUCCCUCCCCUCCUCCCUCCCCUCCUCCCUCCCCUCCUCCCUCCCCUCCUCCCUCCCCUCCUCCCUCCCCUCCUCCCUCCCCUCCUCCCUCCCCUCCUCCCUCCCCUCCUCCCUCCCCUCCUCCCUCCCCUCCUCCCUCCCCUCCUCCCUCCCCUCCUCCCUCCCCUCCUCCCUCCCCUCCUCCCUCCCCUCCUCCCUCCCCUCCUCCCUCCCCUCCUCCCUCCCCUCCUCCCUCCCCUCCUCCCUCCCCUCCUCCCCUCCUCCCUCCCUGUGGUGCUCCCUCCUCUCCUCCUCUGCUCCCUCCCCUCCUCCCUUCCCUCCUCCCUCCCCUCCUCCCUCCCUUCCUCUCGUGCUCCCUCCCCUCCUUUUCUGCUCCCUCCCCUCCUCCCCUGCCCCCUCCCCUCCUCUUCUUCUCCCUUCCUUCCUCUCGUGUUCCCUCCCCUCCUCUCGUGCUCCUUCCCCUCCUCUCAUGCUCCUUCCCUCCUCUCAUGCUCCUUCCCCUCCUCUCAUGCUCCCUCCCCUCCUCUCGUACUCCCCCCUACUUCCCCCAUCCUCAUGCCCUCCACUCGACUUCUCUUGUCCCAUCCCUUGCUCACCCAAGUGGUUUCUUUCCUUUCCUAUAGUUGUGGAGGGAUUCCCCACCAUCGUCUUCUACCCCGCGGGGAAAAAGACAGACCCGGCGAAGGUGGCUGCAGGUACGCUGAACGAGUUCAUUCAAACCAUCAACGACCAUGCCACCACUGAGCUUGAUGAAGCCGGUGUGAAGGUGGCUGCACGCACCCUCAAGGAGUUCAUCCAAGCCAUCAAGGACCACGCCUCCACUGAAUUCCACCUGGAGCCCUCGCCUCUGGACGACCAGGAGGAGGAAGAGAGUGAGGAUGGGGAGAUGGAGGGGGGGGUAGGGGAAGGGGGGAUGGAGGGGGAAAUGGGGGAGGAUGGGAUGGAGGGGGCAGAGGAGGAUAUGGCGUAUGAUGGGAUGGAGGGGGAUGGUGAGGAGGAGAACGAUGCGUUUGAUAAGUUGUUUCACCACGACGAGUUGUAG